AUGUCGAACAUUUCUAGUAAAUAUGGCCCUGAGGUUCAGAAGGUCCCCGUGGGCACCCCAAUCGAGGAUAUUAUCUACUUGUUAAAGCGCGACGGUGGUGUUUUUGUCAAGGGAUUGGUUAAUGUUUCCGACGUUGACAAGGCUUACGAAGAAUGCCGUGAGCGCCUCGACAAUGACGUUGAAUGGAAUGGCUCGUUUUUCCCGAAAGAGACACGGCGGGCAUCAGCCCUGCUGGCGCUGAGUCCCACGUAUGCCAGAACUCAGAUGAUGAAUUCCACCUAUCAGAAGGUGUGCCAACACUUUUUGACCACCCGAAGCUGGUUCUGGUGGGGAAAUGAAAAGAAGGAGUCGGUCUCGAAGCCGUACAUCCACUCAUGCACCGCUAUGAGGAUCGGACCAGGUGGAAAAGCUCAACCCUUGCACCGCGAUGACUACAUCAGCCACAAUUACCACCAAGAGAUAGAAGAAUGGGACGACGAGCGGGACAAAAACAGAGAGACUGCUGUGGGUCUCUUUGUGGCAGGAAGCAAAGUCACCAAAGAAAAUGGGGGGACUCAGUUCAUCCCGCGCAGUCAUUUAUGGGGUACUGAUAGAGAACUACCGCCACAGGUCGAUGAUUGCAUAUACGCUGAGAUGAACAAAGGUGACGCUUUCAUCAUGCUUGCUUCAGCAUAUCAUGCGGGCGGACACAACACCACCGAGGACGAGGAGCGUUUAAUCUUCUCAACCUUUUCGACUCGCGGAUACCUUCGACAAGAAGAAAAUCAGUUUCUUUCCAUCCCUCACGAUAUCGCAAAGAAAUACGACAGACCUGUUCAGGAAUACAUGGGUUAUGCUUUGAGCAAUCCUGCUUGUGGAUAUGUAGACCAGAUGGAUCCUAUCCUUGUGCUUCGCCCUGAGCUAAAAGGAGAUGGACGUCCACAAGACUUUUAA